AGUGCACCUUCGACGUACAGGCGGCCGAAAAACUGUCACAGACGAUUUCGACGCUGCGCCGUCCUGACGUGUCACUUUCCACCCUCCUACAGCUCUAGCGUCCUAGGCGUUGCAUUCAUCUACCAACAACAAAUAAGAAAAUAAAAGAACGGAAAUCUUUUUUUUUCUGCCGGUUCUCGUGCAACUUAGACUCUUCUUGCUUUCUUCAAAGCUCCUUUUUUCUCCCUUUUGUUCUUCUCGUGCCCCACGUACGGUCCGUCUCUGCCUCGUUCAACGCGCCUUCAUUGGUACAACUUCGCCGGCGUUGCGGUAGUUGUUGACCUGCUUGUCCCCCGCCAGGUCAUCCCCCUCUUUCUUUCUUUGUUUUGUUGUUGUUAUUCAUUCCUGUUCCACCCACAGAAGCGUGCAUCUUCUUCCGCUGAUUGUACCCAAAUCUAUUGCCUUUUUCCCCUAGAUCCCUCUUUCUUCUUUCUUCUUUCUUUGUUACUUUUUAAGAUUUCACUAAACGCACUUGUACAUUUACUUUCCCUUUCUUUCCCCUUUUUGAGUAUUCUGAGGAGUCCCCACUCUUCGCUGGCUGACCAACAAAAAAAGGCGUUUCACUGUUCUGUUCUUCCCUUUCCCACUGUCCACUUGCGCAACGAAUGCAACAGUGGACUUUAGAGCGCAAUUCCGAGUCGCCGGAGAGCACCGGCCGCCUCACGUUGCACCAGAAGGACGCAAAGCUAUUCAAGUACGACGGCCGUCACGCGCGGCGCAGCGGUCGCGUCGAGGCGCGGACACGGCUGUCCUGCACCGCGUUCCCUGCGGAAGCCACGGCGAGCAACAUCUGUAACCACGAAGCGUGGGAGGAGGAAGAGGGCCGCAGCAGUGUACCGCAACGCCUUUCCCGCCACAUCCCUCAGCGCGCCGGUAUCGACAUGUCGAUCUCGUCGUUUAAUUUGAUUUCAUCCCCGGCGUGCCUUUCGCAGUCCUCCGCCAGCUCCCCGCGCAACCUCGCUGGGGCGUACGGGCUGAAUAAUAGUGGUAGCAAUGCCGCUGCUGUGGUUGCCGCAGUCGGGGCGCCGCCUACCCCGCCGAGCGGCAUCGCCAUGGCCCCCAAUCCUUCUGCGGCUCACUCGACAUCAUCAGGAGCAGCAGCAGCAUCUGCGGGUGUCGGCGGCGCCUCUUUCGCGGGCACCAGCACCGUCUCUCCCACCCCCGCGUCGAGUGCGCUGACGAGCUUCUCUGAGUCCUUCGUGUCCGACGACUCCUCCUACGUGACGUCGCUCUACCACGACGUCUUGGCCAGCAGCCUCAUCGGCCACCGCACCACCGCCUCUGCCGCCGGGGGUGCGAACGACGGUCGAGGUGGAGGGGGCGGCGGCUUCUUGUACGGCCGUCCAACAUCUGCCGUGGGCGGAUCGCACAUCAGCGGCGGUGUUGCCGCGUCCGUCGACGACUUCGGCGAGGGCCGACGCACCAGCGAGAUGGGCAGCGAGGAACGCAGCAGCGGACACGGCGUUCACGUCGACACCGUAGCGUCGACCGCCUCUGUGCGUCGUGGCCUCGGCGGCGAGGUGCUGCGCUUCGCAGACACGAGCUCGUUGGUGGCGACCUCGUCUUCCUUUGGCGCGGCCAGCCCCACCAGCGGUCCCUCCGUGCGCGUCACGACGUACACGACGAAAGGCACCCGAUCAUCCGCGGCCUCCUCCAGCGCAGCCGGGCUCGCCGUUGCCUUACCCCGCGUGCGCUCUCGCACCUUCUACACGUCGGGCAGCGGCAGUCGCGGCGGGGGCGGCCCGCGUGUCUUCAACACCACCCCAGAGCGCGUGUUGGACGCACCUCAGUUCCCCACGGAUGCCACGCAGCUGCUGGACUGGGGCGCGAACAACGCCAUUGCCAUCGGCAUGGGGCAGUCCCUUUACUCGUGGAGCGGGGAUAGCGGACAGGCGGCGCGCAUUGUCGAUCUCGACAGCGCUGCCCGCAUUAAGUGUGUUCAGUGGCUGCACAAGUGCAGCUGCGUCGCCCUUAGUGUUCAGAAGGGCACGACAGCCAUUUAUGACUGCCGCACCUCUGAUUUCUUGCGUACAGUGCGCCUGCCCACUGGGUUGGAGGUGACGGGGCUUUCGGUGAAGGGGCCCGUCAUGGCCGUUGCGUCAAACGGGCCACACGGGACCACCUGCGCCUACGACCUCCGCGCCAAAGAUGCCCUCAUCGCCACCUUUGACGGCCACAGCGGCGGCGUCGCCAGUCUUCACUACUGCGCGGCGGAACCGUUCUACUUAGCGACUGGCGGCUGCGACGGCUCGGUGCGGGUGUGGGACGCCCGCCGCGCCGCCGCACCCCGCUACGCCUUCGACGGGGUGCACCAAGGCCGCGUCAACGUCGUCCGCUGGGACCCGCAGAAGCGCAGCCGCCUCUUCACCGGCGGCGAGGACGGCGUGUUGUGCCUCAUGGAUACUCACGCCCCAAAGCGCACCAUCGAGAUGGACCACAACACCGAUGAAGAGAGCGCCUGUGUGGGCAGCGGGCAGGAGCACCUCGCACAGUACGUCACCCGUGCCGUCAAUACCCAGCACCCGAUUUCAGGCCUGGCCUGCCACGGCACGAGUGGGGAGGUGGUAACGGCACACAAACUGAAGGGCCAGCUGCAACUGCGCAAGACCUCCACUUUUCAUCUCCUCAGCACGUUCACUGCACUGCACUGCGAGGCCUCGCUUAGCUGCCUCACGAUGGCACCGGACAAGGAAUCCGUCUGCGCCGCGCAGGCCGACGACACGCUCAAGUUUUGGCGCGUCUUCGAGAACAGCGCUGCCCGGUUGGAGGAGCGAGGCGGGAUAACGAACAAAAGCAGAGCAGACUGGAAUGCGUCUCGCCAAGACCCGAAUGAGUGCUUUGACCAGUCACUGCGGUGA